UUCGAUUUCCGAUUGAAGUUCCUGAAGAAACGCUGGCCGAUGGUGCCGGAACCGAUGCUUACAUCCAUUGCUCCUUUUGCGCGCCACUCCAAACACCGUCGUCGUCGUGGUUCAAGCAGCUGGCCGUUGAGAGUGGAAGUGGUCUGACUCGAUACAUACGAUUCGUAGUGUUCAAAAACUAGAUUUUCAAAAUCAGAAUAUGGGUGAUCAAGUCGUGGCUCACAACGGGGAACUUGGAUCCGAGUACGAAGACGAUGACCAGCCUUUUUAUCAGAAUGUGGAGAUUCUUCAGGAGCACGGCAUUAAUGUCGCCGACAUCAAGAAGCUCAAAGCAGCAGGGAUCUGCACCAUCAAGGGCAUCCAGAUGACUACACGGCGACGCCUGGCCGCCAUCAAGGGAUUCUCCGAGGCUAAGGUGGACAAGAUCAAAGAGGCGUGUGCCAAAAUUGACCAGCAUAGCUUCAUGACGGCGCUGCAAGUCUCGGACAAGCGGAGAGAGGUUUUUAAAAUCACCACAGGCAGCAAGGAAUUCGACAAGCUCCUCGGCGGCGGCAUGGAGUCCAUGGCCAUCACCGAGGCGUUCGGCGAGUUCCGCACGGGCAAGACUCAGCUGUCGCACACCCUGUGCGUCACGGCGCAGAUGCCCGGCGUCAACUACAGCGGCGGCAAGGUCAUCUUCCUCGACACGGAGCACACCUUCCGCCCCGACCGCCUCCGCACCAUCGCCGAGCGCUUCGGGCUGGACGCUACGGCCGUGCUGGACAACGUUCUGUACGCGCGCGCCUACACCAGCGAGCACCAGACCGAGCUCCUCGACAUGGUGGCCGCCAAGUUCCACGAGGAGGGCGGGGUCUUCAAACUGCUGGUCGUGGACUCGGUGAUGGCGCUGUUCCGCGUCGACUUCAGCGGCCGUGGCGAGCUCGCCGACCGGCAGCAGCGGCUGGCGCAGUUCAUGUCCCGCCUGCAGAAGGUGUCCGAGGAGUACAACGUGGCCGUGUUCAUCACCAACCAGAUGACGGCCGACCCGGGCGCCACCAUGAGCUUCCAGGCCGACCCCAAGAAGCCCAUCGGCGGCAACAUCCUGGCGCACGCGUCCACCACCCGCAUCUCCCUGAGGAAGGGCCGCGGCGAGACGCGCAUCGCCAAGAUCUACGACAGCCCUGACAUGCCGGAAAGUGAAGCCACUUUUGCAAUUACUGGCGGUGGAAUUGAUGAUGCCAAAGACUAGAAUGGACUCUUAACUUGUUAGUGACAGCAAAGAUAUUUAUUUUAACCUGAUGUUUUAACUGUGAUUCGUAUGACUAUUUUAAUAUGAAUUUAAAAUUUGAUACUUUUAACUCUGUGAUUAGCUUUAAAGCGUAUCUUUUACUACACAUGAAUUUUGGUUACUGGCUAAUAAACAUCUGUUGACAAACAGAAGAA